UUAACUAUUCACAUUUUGCAGAAGUUAGACUAAGCUUCUCUUCACUUUUUCUUGAAGUGCCAGUUGCUGACAUGUCACCCAAGAUCAUUCUCGUAUUGUGGUUCCCAAUCCUUUUCUUAGGAGCUGGAGCUUCUGGAGCAGAAAAACUGAAUGGACGCCUGGGAUGGUCUACCAUAUUCAAAGUAAAGACUAAUUUAUCAUUUGUAUCAAUUUCCUGGAGUAAAAUUGUUGGCAGCAAGUCUGAAAACAUUGCUCUGGUGACCUUUGGGGAGCCCUGUGGCCUCCUGGUCCCCCUCCCAGCCUUUGAAAAGAGAGUGAACAUCUCCAAGGACUGCAGAACAUUGUAUCUUGACCAAAUAGAGAAAGAGGACGCUGGCAGAUACACCGCAGAAAUCAUUUCACAAAACAAUACAGUAGUGAAGGAGUCCUUUGACCUGAGUGUUUACAGAGUUACUGAAAGAGAAUAUCUGAAUGGCAUUCUGGGGGAGUCUGUCACAUUCCAAGUGAAGACUAAUCUAUCAUUUGUAUCAAUUUCCUGGAUUAAAAUUGUUGACUUCGAGCCCGAAAAUAUUUCUGUGGUGACCUUUGGGGAGCCCUGUGGCCUGCUGGUCCCCCUCCCAGCUCUGGGAAACAGAGUGAGGGUCUCUGAGGACUGCAGAGGAUUGCAACUCAGCCGUCUAGAGCAAGAGGACAAAGGCUUUUAUGUUGCAGUAGUUUUGUUACCAACUGAAGAGAUAGUAUAUGAGCCCUUUGAUCUGGAGAUUUCUAGGUACUUGCUGGAUUCUGAGAUGAGCGUGAUCUGCACUCCUGAUGGGGCUGGUAAGGGAGCUUGGCAGCUGAAUUGCUCUACAGGGGACUGGAAAGACAGAGUGGAAUUCAGCUGGGACUCCCCCAUCUACCGUCCUUCUCAUGUCCCUGAUGAUCCUGUGAUCAAGGUCACCUCCCAGGAUCUUAAUAUCAAAGUCACCUGCACAGCAGAAAAUCUGAUUAGCAAGGCGUCCAGGACAGUCACCUUGAAGGAAGUUUGUUCCGCAACUGAAGGAGGAGGACCAGUGGCUCGGCUCCACCCCGGACGUGACUGAUUUAUGCCCGACUGUCUCUGUUCUGAAACCUGAAUCAAGACACUUUUGUAAUUCAAGCACAGACAGAUGACUCGAUAAAGAUGAUUGUAAAACAAACAUUUAUUCAGGAAUACUGGUGAACUCACAUUUCUUGGUAGUUUCAUCUGAAAGUUCCAUAUCUGUUCAUCUUUAUAGAUAAAAAAUCAAUAAUUCUUUCACAUCAACUUCUAGCAUGGAAUAAAAUUCUGUGUGUCCUCCGGUGAUAGCAUGCUUAUCUCAGACAAAGACAUUCUAAAUUGCACUUAGCCAGGAUAUCCUGUGAUGAACUUAGUAGCCCCUCCUACUGACCUGUUAAUGUGGGAUUUACUGAAUAGCUAAACUACAUUACCCAUAAGCCAUCUCUUAAGGAGACAGCACUUAACCCUAUAAAUGCCAAACAUUUUAACAUACAGACCCAUCUAACUGGCUGAUCCAGAACAGUCUCCCUCCUGCCUCCCUCACUUCCACACAGGCAUGGUCUUCCUCUGCAGCUUUUAAGGUUCUUUGGGUAAAGGGGGCUUCCAUGGGCAAACAGUGAGAUCUAUUAGCAAUGGCUGGUCCGUAUUGCUUCUCUGUGGCUGCUUUCACUGCUCCUUCUCUGGCCCCUGAAGACCCCCCCAGCAGCACAUUUGCUUUUCUAUUUAAUGUCCAGGAGCUGAAGGGUGAGACCGAGAAGACAAACAUGAGAAACAGAGAAGGUUUGGCCACGAAGGAGCGCGGGUGUGAUUGAGGCCGUCCUCAAUCCAUGGAGGAUAAUUUGCAAAAGUAGGAUAGGGUGGGAAGUUCGAAAGAAACCAAAGGGAAAGUUCUUUUGUUGCUUUCUGGAAGUUUUGAAAUCUGGAUGACUCUUUUCUUUAAAUGUGUGUCACUGGCUUUCCAAUGGGCUUUACCCAAGUGGAAAUGAGGACAAAUAGGAAAAUUAUGCUUUAAUGUAUAAUCAUUUUAAUGCUUUAAUGCUUUGGGAUUUUGAUGUUUAUAAACUUUUGAGUUAUCUGAGAACUUGCUUUGCAAAAAACAUAUCUGUUUUUUCUGUAGCGUGUAUUCUUUCAAUAAAGGAAUGUUCGUUUUUCUUUUAAAAA